UUGACGCAGGAGCACUUGGUGCAGCUGCUGGCUGCGGCGUCGGGUGCCGCGGCUGGGUCCGCACUGAGGUUCCUCGAGGCUGCCCUUCGCGAAUCGGGAGACAUGGCCGUCUUCGUCGACGGGGUGGACGAGAUCUGCCCUGCCUACAAGUACAAGCUCGUCCGACUGUUGGAGAUGUUGCUGGAGACAAACGUGAGGCUCGUGUGGGUUUCGUCGCGCCCGGAGGUUCAGCCUGCGCUCACUAAGGCGUUGCGUUGCGCGCCCUCUGUCCUUCGCCCGCUCUCCAAAGAGGAGCAGAAGAACCACCUGUGCAGGCACUGGUCGUCGGUCGACCCACGCAACCGCCCCCCGGCGGCGUUCGAGAGCCUCGCCGCCGGGAUGGUGGCAGCCCUGCACGGCGCAGCGGGGCGCGGCCAGCGCAGCCUGCUGGACGUCCCGCUGCACGCGCAGAUGGCGGCGGAGGCGUACGCAACGAAGGCGGCGCGGGCCCUGGGCACAGGGGCCAGCCUGCGUCGGGGCUACACCGGCAUCAGUCUCUACCAGCUCUACCGUCGCUUCGUGGAGAGGAAGAGGGACUUGUACGAGAGACGUUUUGGACUGAAAGAUGCAAAUGUGGCAAAUCUGCCUGAAUUUGCGGAUAACUUCGAAAAGAUGCACCAAAACUGCGCUAUGCUUGUACUUGUCUCCGAUGGUACGCUCAGCGAAGUUGACUCAUCGCCAUUCAGAGUCUAUCUAGACCAAAACAGACUUAGUCUGAUCAAAGAAAGAACCGGGAUCUUAUGGUUGAGAGAAGAUGAAGAUGAACUGCCACAUUUCCUGCAUUACACCUUUAUCGAAUAUUUUGCGGCGAGUUGGCUGUUGCAAAACCAAGAGAAAGCGACCGAGACUGCAAAGGAGAUGUGGCUUCGCCUCCUGAACUGCGAUGUGGGCGUCGGAGUGAGACACAUCCUGGAGCAAAUGCUGGCGGACGGCCUUCCGGUGCACCGGGCCGUGCUGGAGGGCAGCGACGGCGCGCUGGAGGCGGCGCUGGAGGCUGGAGGCGACGCCGACGAGAGCGACCGCUUCGGCCGCACGGCGCUGGUGCAGGCGGCGUCGCUGGGCCGUGCCGACGCCAUGGGCGCGCUGCUCGCCAAGGGCUGCGACCCCGGGCGCAGGGACGCGCUGCUGGGCUGGACGGCGCUGCGCUACGCCAGUGCCUGCGGCCACCUCGAGGCGGCGGAGCGGCUGCUACAAGCCGGCGCCGACCCCGAUCACUUCGUCACUCACAAUAUCCACGACACUGUGUUCAAAGUGGCAGAGCUAGGUUGCCCAGAAGUAAGUAAAAGUCAGCUUCCCUAUGGAAUUAUCCAAAAGGCUAGGGAGAUAGCUACUGUUGGUUGGCGAGCGGGCUGGCGAAAGGGCUACUGGGAGUGCCGCCGAGCAGGAAGGCUGACAAUGAAUAUAAUCUUAAAGAAAAAUAGAAGAUAUAAGGACAUACAAUGCGAAGAGGGAAAAACGCCGAUAAUGACAGCAGCAAUAAAUGGACACACAAAAGUUGUGCAGAUUUUAUUAACGUAUGGUGCAGAUAUUACGAAAGAAGACAUUUGUGGCAGACAAGCCAUUCAUUUUGGAAUCAGUGCAAAAUGCAUUGAGAUAACAAAGUUCCUGCUCCAAAGAAAAGCUGACCCUAAUGCUGUAGACAAAAAAGGCAGAACUCCGCUAAUGGAGGCAGCACAAAAGGGUGAUGCGCAAUCCAUUGAGCUCCUCUUACAACAUGGCGCCGACAUCAAUCUAAGGGACAACGACCACAGGACUGCGCUCCAUUAUGCUCCUCAUCGGGAUUAUCACCAGAUUACGAAG